AUGCAAUCUGUACACACCAAGGAAGGAAUCCGUGAAAACCCUCUGGGGACACACUUUUAUUCCUCGAUUCACAGCAGGAUCACCUAUAGGAGGAGAGGAUCUGCUGUCUCCCUGCCUUCCUUCCCAGGCAAAGCAGCAAUAAUCUGUAAACCUGUCAUUACACCACUCCCCCACUCAUCCACUCCCACCCCAGCCACUACUCCUUGCACACACAGCAGAGCAGGAAACACACUGCAACAAGUGCCAGCAGCAAAGCUGCUCCUCUGGCUGGAUAGAGGCAAAGUUUGUGAAGAUGGGCUAUCAGGGGGACUUGGAGUGACCUGGGGGGACAUGUCUGUUCACAUUUAAGGGAGCCCAGCACUGAAACCUCUCCUGAGUCCCUCCUCAGUCUGUCUUUAGGAAGUCAGCUUCUUCAAACUCAACGUGUCUGGGAAGGUGUACAGUGGGAGCUGUGCUCAGAUAGAGGGGCUGCCAGGGAGGAGGGGGGAGACCAUGUUGGACCCAUCUUCCAGUGAGGAAGAGUCCGAGGACUUUCUGGAUGAGGAAAGGCGAGAUGUUCUGGUGGUUAAUUCAGGUGGUGGUGGUGGACGAUCUUCGCAGGGGGCUCCGCGGGACCCCAGAGAUCCCAGUGCCCGAUCUAAUGUUGGGAGACCGGCCAGCCCCAGCCCCUCUGUGAGCAGCGAGGGCAGAGAGGAGUAUGAGAGGCUGCAGAGGGAGGAGAAGGACAGAAGGAACAGGCUGCAGCUCUAUGUCUACAUUAUGAGGUGCAUCGCCUACCCAUUCAAUGCCAAGCAGCCCACCGACAUGACCAGGAGGCAGCAAAAGGUAACUGUUACCCUCUGGUAG